UGGCGCCAAUUCUCCUUCUUCGAUGUCGUUCCCGUGAAGGACGUACACGAUCUCGACAGCCCUCCCUACAUCUUCAAAGUACGUGCUUCCUCGAGCCUCCGGAUAACAACGCUCAACAAUUCACAUCACAGGCAGCCACAGAAAUAUCCACAGUCGCUUCGUCAGGACAUUCACGGGAGCAUACACCUCCUCAACAGGGACUUUGAAUCGACAAAUAGCUGGGUAGCUCAUGUCAGUGGAAGAGUAACACAUAUGGUGGAACGACAAGGCGUUCUAGUGACUCUUGGUGAAGAAGAUAACGUCAAAUCACCACUCCUCAAGAUCUGGGAUAUGCAGAACACAGACAAGAAAACGGGUUCUCCCCACCUCCUCCGCUCAACAAAAGUUCAGCUGAGCAAUCGUCCUCACCCCGUAACAACCAUAGCCCUCUCCGCCUCCCUCUCCCACCUCGCCAUCGGCCUCGGAGACGGCACCGUCCUCCUCUACCGCCACCUCGACCAAUCCCUCGCAUCAUCCACAUCCCUCACCUCCCUCCCCAAACCACGCACAGUGCACGAAUCGCCCACAGAACCUAUAACAGGGCUUGGGUUCAGAGAACCCACGGAAGAUAUCGUAAACGCGUAUUUGUUCGUGGUUACCACGAAUAGGGUGUUAUCGUACCAGGCUUCGGGGAGGGGGAGCGGGGGGAGCGCGACGGUUGUGGAUGAAGUUGGGUCUGGGCUUGGAUGUGCGACUAUGGAUUGGAGGAAGAGGGAUAUUGUGGUUGCGAGGGAUGAGGCGAUUUAUAUUUGUGGGAUUGAUGGGAGGGGGGCUUGUUAUGCUUAUGAAGGCCACAAAUCAUCCGUGCACACGCACCAGAACUACCUCGUCAUCGUAUCGCCGCCUUUCUUCCCCACUGCUACGGCGGCCUCUGCGACGGUAAGGAACUUUGUUGCAAGAUCUGCAAACCCAGGCGAGACGGACAUUACGAAAGUCAAUGUAUUCGAUCUGGAGAACAAGCUUGUGGCGUACAGUGGUACGUUCAAGCAGGGUGUGAAGGAGGUUAUAUCGCAGUGGGGCGAGAUAUAUGUGUUGGCUACUGAUGGCACUUUGACGUGUCUGGAAGAAAAAUCAACAGCGGAUAAACUCGACAUGCUUUACCGAAAGUCUCUAUACCUCCUAGCACUAAACAUGGCCAAGACGCAGAAUUUGGACGUGGCGAGUGUUUCUGAUAUACACAAACAGUAUGGGGAUCAUCUGUAUGGGAAGGGAGACUAUGACGGGGCAAUGCAGCAGUUCGUUCAGACGAUUGGGCACUUACAGCCCAGUUACGUUAUUCGCAAGUUCCUCGACGCACAAAGGAUUCACAACCUCGUAACCUAUCUGCAAGAACUCCACUCCCUAGGCCUCGCAAACUCAGACCACACCACCCUCCUCCUAAACACAUACACCAAACUCAAGGACGUAUCUCGACUAGACACGUUUAUCAAGACUGAGUCUAGGCGGGGAGACGACUCGGAUGAGCUCCCGUUUGAUUUGGAGACGGCUAUUAGGGUGUGUAGGCAGGCAGGGUACUUUGAGCACGCUGGGUACCUUGCGAAGAAGUAUCAGAGGCAUGAGGAUUACUUGAGGAUACAGAUUGAGGAUGCGGGGAAUUAUAAGGAUGCUUUGGUUUAUUUGAGGAAGUUGGGAUCUGAGGCGGCGGAAAGUAAUCUGGCACGAUAUGGACGCGCGAUGCUUAAUAGUCUUCCGGAGGAAACGACUCAGCUGCUUAUUGACCUGUGCACGAGUACAGGUCCACUCAUCUCCGAACCAGAGGAGAUCACGCCAAAGUCCCCUGCGGCAGCAGCUGCACCCUCCGGUCCAUCCUACCUCUCCUACCUCGCCUUGAACCGGAAUUCACCACUAGGGUCAGUACUUGGAGGCGUCUCCAUCUCAGGAACCAUAACCCCUCCUCCAACCACAACCGACAACAUCCCCCCCUCAAAAUCCAACACCCCCUUUGCUCCACCACCCAAAUCUCCCUCUCCCACACCGCACCACCGCCUCUCACCCAAACUCUACUUUCCACACUUUGUAGACAACGUCGACCAAUUUCUUGUCUUCCUCGAAACGGUGGCUGUUAGACGAUGGAACCAAUCUGUGGAUCCUACGCCGCCUACUCCUGGGAUGGUGGGUGUGUUGGGGGGUGUUGAGCCGCCUGAUGCGAGUGAUGAGGUGGGUGUUGAGAUGGAUAGAAGGGAUCAGGUUGCUGUUUGGAAUACGCUUUUGGAGCUGUAUUUGACGUUGCCUUUGCCAGGAGGUGCGAGGAAGGAGGCGAUGCGUGUGCUGAGGAGUGGGAAGAUCCCUUAUGAGCCGAUGCACGCUCUUAUCCUGUGUUCCACGCAUUCGUUCACGGAUGGGCUUGUGCUGUUGUAUGAGAAGAUGGGGAUGUAUGAGGAUGUGUUGAGGUUUUGGAUGGACAAGCAUAAUCAAGCGUCAUCCCCUGGAGCUUCUGCGAAAGUGGUGGAACAUCUCAUGCAUUAUGGGAACCAGCAUCCGCAUUUGUAUCCGUUGGUAUUGAGGUUCUUGACGUCUACACCGGAGUUGUUGAGGGAGCAUCAGGAGGAUGUGAGGGGGAUAUUGGAGUAUAUUGAUCAGGAGGAGAUGAUGUCGCCGUUGAGUGUCGUGCAGGUUCUCAGUAGGAAUGGGGUGGCGAGUGUGGGUCUUGUGAAGGAGUGGUUGGUUGGGAGGAUUAAGGAGGCUAGAGGGAUUAUUCAGAGUGAUCAAGAACUGAUAACUUCGUAUCGGACGGAGACGACGACGAAGUUGAAGCAGGUCGAGGCGCUCUCUGAUCCUGACAACGCGCACGUUUUCCACGUUACGCGGUGUUCGGCGUGUCAUGCCCAACUUGACCUGCCUAGUGUGCAUUUCAUGUGUGAUCACAGCUAUCACCAGCGAUGCAUAGCGGAACAUGAAACGGAGUGCCCGAACUGUGCGCAGGAACAUGGGGUUAUUCGGGAGAUAAGGAGGAACAAUGAGAGGCUUGCGGACCAGCAUGAUGUGUUUUUGUCGGAGGUUAAGGAGGGUGGGUUCGAGGCUGUUGCGGGGGCUUUUGGGAGGGGAUUGAUGAAUAUGGGGAGGGUGGAGGAGGUUGUGUAG